GGUGACGCUGGACAGAUCUGCACAAAUGGACACGUGGGAGAUAAAACGAAGUCAUUACUAUGCAUUACAGAGGAUCACGCCCACCUUAAGUUAUAUCCUCGGGUUAUAUUGCCUCAUCUUGGUUGCCUCCUUACAUGGAUUCUGAUAUUGAUAUUGUUGUUUGUAUUUGGACAGUCUGAUAUAAGAUUAUAGCGAGGACCUAAAAGAUGGCUUCAUCGGGGUCUUCAUCAAGAAAAGGCUUGCUCGAGAGGUUAGCUGAGGGUCUUGUGGUUGGUGAUGGAAGCUUUGUUAUGACCCUGGAGAAGAGAGGCUAUGUUCUGGCGGGCAACUGGACACCCGAAGCUUGUGUACAAUACCCUGACGCAGUCAGGCAACUCCAUCGUGAGUUUCUACGAGCUGGUGCUGACGUCAUGCAAACUUUCACAUUCUGGGCCUCGGAAGACAGACUCAAACUCAAAUUAUCAGACCAGGAGAGUGAUGUUAAUUGGGAAUCGGUGAACGAAGUCGCAUGCGAUCUCGCCCACGAGGUAGCUGCCGAGGGCGACGCCCUGGUGGCUGGUAGUGUGUCAAGUGUCCCUAAGUAUGAAGAUAGGACGGGAACAAAAGAAGAAAUACAGAACGAGUUCAGGAAACAGUGCGACGUCUUCAUCAGGAAGAAGGUCGAUUUUCUGCUUGGUGAGUUCUUUGCAUACACCGAAGAAGCAGAAUGGGCUGUUGAAGUUAUGAAGUCUUACGGGGUACCAGUGGCCUGUACUAUGAGAGUGGGCGUGGCCGGUGAUGAGAUGGGCGUGGCUCCUGCCGAAUCAGCUGUAAGACUGGCUAGAGCAGGUGCGGAUGUGGUAGGGGUCAAUUGUUGCUACGACCCCGACAUCGCUCUCGAUGCUAUAGCCAAGAUGAAAACAGGUCUUGAAGAGGCGGGAUUGAAGAAUUAUCUGAUGAUCCAACCCGUUGGUUUCCAUACCCAGGAUCUAAAGAAGGAACCAGCCGGCUACACAGCACUUCCAGAAUUCCCAUUUGCUUUAGAGCCUCGAGCGUUGACGAGGAUAGACGUCCACAAGUACGCUCGACGUGCAUACGAUCUAGGGGUCAGGUACAUCGGAGGGUGUUGCGGAUUCGAACCUCAUCACAUUCGAGCGAUAGCAGAAGAGCUAAAAGCGGAACGGGGACGCGGCAUACCCGGGGCAGAUAAAUUUGAAAAUUUCGAAGGAUUGAGAAGAAGUCAUAUUAAAAAUCAACAUAAGAGAACUACAGCGGAAUACUGGCUGAAUCUAAAACCAGCCGCAGGUCGCGAAUGGAUAAACAAGCUUGCUACUUUGGAUUUGGACUAUUAAAGCCAUGAGAGCGUUUCAUCAACGUUUGUCCUCUGGCAAGUAAAAGUCGUAUCUGACAUCUUCUGAUCUUGCUUCUGAUUGGCUGAGAAGUACAGUUCUCAUGGUAACUGGCGGAUGAAAAAGAUUUCCGCCACGUCCUUUUUACUGUUUAUGAAACGCCGGCCCCUGAUAAAGCUUUGAUAAUUGGUCGACAAUGUGAAGUACUCUAGUAUCAACUCCACGCGUUCCAUUCUGACGUAAGUGCAGUCGGGCAGCCCGGUGGGGGCAUGGCAUAUGAUUUUUUUUUUAACCGUCGAUUCUUUGUGAAAAUUAAAAAAAAAAAAUCUGUGAAGGAAAAGAAGUGUCGGCCCAUUUCAUGCUCAAGAAAUGGUUUUGUAAUUGGAAAAAGAGAGAAGUGUCCCGUCGAAAAAAAAUCGAAAUUAUCGAAUUCAUUUUAUAAUUUGAUCCUUAGUACAGUGAAUAUGGCGGAAAUGAAUAAAUGAAUAUGAUUAUUUUUAUUUUUUUAUUUUUAGAGAUACGAAUAUAUCGACAUUAUGUGUGUGACUGUCUGUGUAUGUAUAAAAUAUAUAUAUAUAUAUUUUUUUUAUAAAUGAAUAUGUAGAUGAACGAAAGUUUGGCAGAUACAGAAAUUUGAAGAAUUAAGCAUCUGUGUAUAUCUUAAAUACAAGUGAAGCUCAGUAUAUGUGUUAUAUUUCGUAUCCCAUGUUUUUUUCAAUCAUCAUUCUAUAUGAUUAUUCAAUUCUAUAAUUAUGUUAUAAAUGAUAUAAUGUUUAGUUAUACUCUUUACUUUAUGUUAUGUUCAUUAUAUAUUUUUGUGAAACAGAAACAAAUAAAUGAAAUGAAAUUCAUCCAGCAC